AUGGUCUUCGGAUGUAAACAAUGCGUGCUAAUCGUUGUGAUCCUUUGUGUCAUUGCAGAAAUCGCCUCUAGAGUGGAGUUCAGCAACAUCAAAUGCACUUCCCAUGACCUUGAGUUUGUUGCCUAUGAGGCUUGCUAUUUAAAGUCGGUGAAUAGGACCUACAAAUAUGCUACUGUGAAAUCGAGAUUGCUUAAACUACCCAUUACCAAUGCCAUAAUCAACAUCGCAUUGUUCCAGAGAUUAAAUGGCUAUAAGCCAUUCCUAUACAAUGUUUCCGUAGAUGCCUGUAGGUUUUUAAAGACGAAAAGAUCGAACCCUGUCAUCACAUAUCUUCUUAAUUUGUUUGUUCGUCACUCAAAUUUGUUAAAUACAACUUGCCCUUAUAAGCCGUAUAUUAAUGUGGAAAAGCUUACUGCCAGCUUCCUGAAUAAUCAAAUGACAAAUGUUCUGCAGUUUCCUGAAGGCGACUAUCUUUUUGAAAGCAAAUGGUUUAAUAAUAAAACUCACCGAUCUACGGUGAACGUAUAUGUUACUAUUAACUCCUAA